UGCAAGGACUGGAUUUUCUUCAUUCAAACCACAUCAUCCACCAAGAUGUGAAGAGCAGCAACAUCCUUCUCAGAACUGACGGUUCUGUCAAGCUGGCUGACUUUGGCCUCUUUGCUCAGCUCAGCCCUGAGCAGGGCAGACGGAGCUCCGUGGCCGGCGCUGCUGGGUGGCUGGCGCCUGAAGUGGUGACAGGUCAACCAUGUGGCCCCAAAGUGGACAUAUGGUCUUUGGGAAUCGUGGGCAUCGAAAUGGUGGAACGAGAAGUUCCUUCCUGGAAUGCAACUCCUGUCUUGCCCCAACUCCUGAUAGCCACAGGAGGAAGACAAAAGCUGCAGCAGCCCAACCUAUUUUCAUCUUGCCUGCGUGACUUCCUGAGCUGCUGCCUGCAGAGAGACGAGGCGCGGCGCUGGUCUGCCAAGGAGCUCCUGCAGCAUCCAUUUGUAACUUCAGCCAAGCCACCAUUCAUCCUGGCACAAGUCAUCAACUCAGUGAAGAAGAUGAAUAACCCUAACCCUAAACUCUAAACCUAAAACCUAACCUUAACCUUAAAUGCUAACCCAAACCCUAACCCUAUCCCUAUCUCUAUCCCUUACCC